GGGGGGGAGAAACACGCGGCAAAGCGCUGUCUUGUAAACGAGCAAGAUUCUUAACCUGUCGGGGGGAGUCUCGCAAAAAUUAGCGUGCGGACGUAGUGUUUUGACAGAACCUCCCUCCCCGAAAAUACGUGAAUAUAACAACCGGAAGACAGGGCACAGAUGGUCGUGCCCCUGCGGUCACUCGAGGGGCAGUUGACGUGGUAGCGCAUCGGCUCACGCGAUGCGACGAUUCGCGCGCUUCGGAAGGAUCCAUGAAGAAGACACUUGCGGAAGAGCAUCGGAAAUGAAUGCGGUAUAACAAGAGAUCUAUUGUCUUCACACGAUGGUGGAUUCCGAGACGAAAUUGAUAGCGAGCAAGAUGGUGCUGGACAGAUGCGGUAGCUGGGUGGAAUUGCAGAAAGAUUUUUCCUAUCUGGAGGAAGAGACUGCCCAGUGUAAGUUGGAUGAGUUCGAGUAUGAUGAUUGGUGCAAUACGGAUUCGGAAUUCGACUCUGUCUCUGAAUGUGGUGGGAAGAAACGUAAGGUGGGAAUACAGCUCAAGGCUGAAGUAUUGGAUCUGGUCUGCGAGUGGAAGGAAUGUACAUUUCGUAACAGUCAUCUGGACCAGUUCCUGAGGCACAUCUCGAGUCAUAUACCGAACGUACAAAUAGGCAUGAAAGACGACAGCGAGAUCUACAUGUGUCAAUGGAAAGAUUGUCCAUUUGACAGUGAUGUAUCCGAUGAAAUAGUACGACAUAUUAAUUAUCAUGCCUAUCACACUAAGCUUAAAUGUAUCGGAUCUAAUGUUCGUGGAAGGAUCAAGCUACCUAAAUGCCACAGAGAUCCAGAAUGGAGGAACAUCAUUGAUACUCCGCCGCCACACCUAUGCAGAUGGGAGGAGUGCUUGAAAUUAUUCACAAAUUAUCAAAUGUACUUGUAUCAUGUUACCGUACACAUGAGGGAUUGUCCGCGCGGCAAUCGAGUCAAGAACGGGGUCAAUUGUAAGUGGACCGGAUGCAAUGGCAAAUAUCCUAGUCUACACAAACUCAGAGACCAUGUGAAAUGUCAUACCAAAGAAAAAGUAGUUGCGUGCCCAGAUUGUGGCGUCACAUUCGCCUCCAACACGAAAUUUCACACGCACUGCCAGCGACAGAUUCCGUUGGAAGUGCAGGGAUUUCGUUGCUCACACUGUAACAAAUUUUAUCCGACUGAAGGGAUCUUGCGCGACCAUAUGAGAUCCCAUGUAUUCAAUUAUAAAUGUUCUUUAUGCGAUAUGAGCUGCGAAUCACCUGCGAGUUUAGCGAAGCAUGUUAGGUACCGUCACAUGUCGACUAGAACAUUUCCGUGUCAGUUGUGUUCACACUCUGCAAAGUCACAACAGGAUCUCGAUUCUCAUAUGACUGUCCAUACUAAUGGACCUAAUUUUUCUUGUUACUUUGAAGGAUGCCUUUAUACAUGCAAAGGAGCUUAUACUUUGGAUAGGCACGUAGAAAGAGUACAUGGUUUAGCGGUACGAUGGUACUGCUGCCACGAAUGCCCGAUUAAAUAUCGAAAGAGUUACAGACUGACGAAACAUCUUAUAGAAGCCCAUCAAUUGCAACUGCCCAGUGGACAUAAACGCUUUCACUACACGCAGGAUGAAGAUGGGUGUUAUAGACUUCAAAUGGUUCGAUACGAGGCUGUGGACGAAGAAAACGUAUCACCUGUCGAAGAAGCAGAUUUACCAGACAAAAAGUAUAAACUAGUAUUAAAUCAGACUAACUUGCUGACAGAAGUGAAGAUUAUUGAGGAUAACGAAGAAACUGUACAGAAUGAAAAAGUUGAAGGUCAGAUGGAAGUUGUACAGGAUUCACAAGAGGACACUGUUGAGAACGAUACCGAUAAAUCUGUACCUGUUGUAUCUAAUAUUUUAAUAUCUAUUGAUGAAAUCGAUGAAAAAGGAAAUAUUAUUAAACAGGAAAUCGUUGAGAUACAAGAAACAAAAGAAUUACCGCCGUCGGAACAACCACUAUUAAUUUUAACAUAAGCAAUUUUUUUUUUAAGUUAGGACAGUUCUUGAUACAUAUAUUUUUAUAUUAUUAUGUUAUACACACUGCGAUUUUACAUUAUAUAGACUGUACCUUAGAUGUUUAUUAUUGUGAUGAACUUUAUAUGAAUGUACAGAUUUAUUUUUUUUUGUUUUUAAAUUCAGGGAAAAUUUUCUUUUUAUCCAUUCUUGACGAAUUAAAUUUUCAGAAAUGAUUUACACAGUAAGAAUUUCAUAUAUUGAAGUAUAUCAAAUAACAAAUCAAAUAUUUAUUUUUACAGAAUAUUUUUAUCAGAACACUCUCCUUACUGUAUACAAUCUUACAGAAUGUUUAGAAUAUAGUUUACUGUGAAA